CUGCCGAGGCACCGUACCCGUGUAGUCUCGCGAGAGGAGACUUGUGAUGUCGGAAUUAGCUGACCGGCCGGAGCCACGGAACUCGACAUCAACGACUUUGCGAGACGUUUAAGCAGCGUUCCAGAACUUCGUGCUCUAUUAAGAAAGUCGGGACUGUUUGGCGAAAGGUGUUGGGCGUAUCCAAACAUCAGACAAAAUGAGUGAAGAAGACGACUUGUUUGCUCCUGAAUAUCCAGUUAGUGCAAGUGAAGAUGAGGAAGACAGUAAUGCACAGAGGAAGCACCAGAGACUACUGGAUGCUAUUUCAUCUCUGGAUGGAAAGAAAAGGAGGAAGUUGGCGGAGCGGACAGAGGCCAGUCUGCAGGUUUCUGAAUUUGGCAUCAGUUCAGAAGGUGCUGGAGAGAAGAUAAGCCUUUCUGACCUUAUUGAGCCUAUUCAGAAAGCUGGUUCUUUUUCUACUGUGAAGAAGCAAUUGUCAAAUAUCAAUCAAAAGAAAAGUGUGGAACUUCCCCUCAGUAAGGAGGAAACUCAGAGGAUUCAAAGAGCAGUGGCUUACCAAGAGGCAUCAGAGGAAGUUGAAAAAUGGGACCAUGUUGUGAAACAGAACCGGAAAGCUGAUCAGCUAGUUUUUCCACUCAAUGAAGAGAAUCUAAAACCUACUCCAAUUGAAGAAAAGAUAAGUGGUUGGACGGCACGCACACCACUGGAACAGGAGAUUUUUAGCAUUCUACAGAAAAACAAGCAACCACUAACUGAUCCCCUACUCACCCCGGUGGAAGAGGCUUCAUUUAAAGCCAUGAGUUUGGAGGAGGCCAAGCUUCGGCGGGCAGAGCUCCAGAAAGCCAGAGCUCUACAGUCCUUUUAUGAAGCAAAAGCACGGAGAGAAAAGAAAAUUAAAAGCAAAAAGUUCCAUAAGGUGCUGAAGAAGAGCAAGCAGAAAGAAGCACUGAAGGAAUUUGAAGAACUGAGAAAAUCGAAUCCAGAAGCUGCACUAGAGGAACUGCAGAAGCUUGAGAAAACAAGAAUGGAGGAGCGCAUGUCCCUUAAACAUCAAAACAGUGGCAAAUGGGCUAAAUCGAAAGCAAUUAUGGCAAAAUAUGAUGAUGAUGCCCGUAAAGCAAUGCAAGAACAGCUGCAGAAAAAUAAGGAGCUGACAAGGAAAAUCGAGGUUCUGUCAGAAAGUGAGGAGAGUGAAGAAGAAGACAUUAUCCCUGAUUUUGUCAAUGAUGCACAAGUAAACCUUGAGGGGCCAAACCCUUGGAUGACAGGAAAACUGAGCAGUGAAACAAAGGACAUUGCUAAAGAUACAGAGGACAAGAUGCAGUCUGAAAUAGAGGAAGAUAACCAGGUCAAUGCAACACAGGAAGAUGGUGAACCUGAAGAGGAACUUUCAGAAGACGAAGCAUUGCUCAAAGAAUUUGAGGAUAAAAGACGUGAGAGGAGAGAACAAUCAAAAGAUAGUGAGCCUGGUGACCCUCCAGUACUGGAUCAAGAAAAAGUGGUGGCAGAGGCUGAUGAGAAUGGGGAGGAGCAAGUGUCUGAAUUUAAUCAACUUUUCCAGAAGCUCUUAGAGCAAAAUAAAAAUCAAAAGAGAAAGAAGAAGAAAUCUGGUGGAAAAGCAAAUAAACAAAAUGAGCCUGUCACUGAAGCCGAGGAAAUUAAUGAUGAAGGUCCCCUGCUGGUAGAACGACUAGAAAGAAAACAAGAUUUAGAAGAGUUUAGUGCCUUGGCUGGCGAGGAAUGGGAAAGCGAACAACAAUCAUCAUUAACCGUAUCUGCAAAGAAUGAUAUGCAAAAUGUAGCACCACAGCCAGACAAAAAGAAAGAGACUAAGAAACCAGAGAUUAUCGAUCACAACAAGAUUCUUCCUGUGAAAGCAAAAAGAAUCCAGAUCCCAUUCCUGCCAACUACUGUUGAUGACGAGGAGGAUGAAGAACAUCAAGAGGAUCAGAAGAUGAUAAUCAAAGAAGCUUUUGCAGGUGAUGAUGUAGUCAAUGACUUCCUGAAAGAAAAACGCAGUGCAGAGCAAGCAGGGAAACCAAAGGACAUCAACCUGGUGCUACCUGGCUGGGGAGAAUGGGGAGGGACUAAUUUAAAGGUCAGCAAAAAGAAAAAACGAAGGUUCAUUAUCAAAGCCCCUCCAGGACCACCAAGAAAGGAUCAACGUCUUCCUAAUGUCAUCAUAAAUGAGAAGAGGAAUCUCAUGGCAGCUGCUCAUCAGGUCAACCAGCUUCCUUUCCCGUUUAAUAACCGCCACCAUUUUGAGAGCAGCAUUCGAGCCCCAGUUGGCAGCACUUGGAACACGCAGAAGGCUUUCCAAAAACUGACUUCUCCCCGAAUUAUCACCAAACAGGGUCAUAUCAUAGAACCUAUCACAUCCGACGCCUUUCAGAAGCACACCUCAACAAAAAAACCUGCCGUGGAAAUGGACAAACAUCAAAGAAAUGACUCUUUCCAAAAAUCAAAUGGCAAAAGAAAGAAAGCGUCCUUGUAACAUGUUGCCUAUCAAUUAAUUCCUUUCACAAAAAGUGAGAAUAGAACACAAUUGUAUGAAUUUCCAUGGGCACUUUUUUUUAAAUGUCUUGGCUAGGAAUUUCUGAAUGCAAAAAGUUUGGUCAAGAUAGUUUCCUAAUAUCAUGUUCCCAAUUUUAUAGAUGAGACCUGGCUUUGAAAAUUCUUCUGAGCGUUAAAUGUAAGUUCUUGGAAUACAGGAAUUGCAGAGACCAUGAAAAGAACAUAGAAUGUGGCACACAGUAAUAAAUGUAUAUCAAAAUAAUUCUCUUUAUGAAGUACUGGCUCCCUACUCUCAAACACGUUGUCUAGCCCAUUCAAUUCCAUGUUAUACCUCUAUGGGGCUGAUUCACUAAAGGUCGAUAAAGUGAGUGUUAUUUAUAGCAUGGCAUAAAAAUGAUCGCUUCUUAUAUUUUAAGAAUUAACGAUCGAUUCGCUAAAAGUUUAAUCGUCUAACUUAAGUGAUAUUUUUACGUUCAUUUUAGCUGAAUUGUGUGCGGUAUUUAUAGCCUGAUUUAUUUUGUGCGACAUUUUAGGGCAUUUGAUAUAGUCACACAUUAUUAGUACAAUCUAUAGCACCUAAGACAUUCGGGAUACCACUGGUCUCUGUUUACAUUAUUCUAGUCAUUCCUUUCCCUGGGAAACUUAAUAUAAUUCCAUGACACAGAACAUGCAUUCUGGAUCUGCCCAAGGUAUCAUGAAAAUGUGUUAGUGGCUCUAGGUAAUUCUCCAGUUCCUCAUAAAGGUCUUUAAUUGCUACAGCUCCUCACUACAUCUUCCUCUAUUAAUCCAUCUGAUGUUGUUUAGUAACGGCUUCUCCUGGGAGUUGUUAAAUUUCACAGUAAUUAUCGCACUAUUUGAUGCUUUUAUCGCUUAAAAGAUUUUAGUGAAUCAUGCGUUGGGAUUAAUUCUAUUCUAUAAGUAUCUCAAUGUGAUUAGAAUACCGCUGUGCAGACAUGUAGAAUUAACACUUGCGAUGUCUAUUAAUUCAUGCGAAAAUACUUUGAUGAAUUAUUCCUUAAAUAACGCACAAAACUGUGCGUUAAGGAAUGUCAACCUUUUGUGAAUCAGCCCGUAUGUCUUUUACUAAAUGUACCAGUUCCUGACUGCCUGAAUCAAAAAUAAACAGUGUGAUAUAUGGAA